AUGCUGGCCAACGGCAAUUCAGCAGACGAGCUUGAUGAGAAACUUAGGAUGGGAAAGACUACAAUUGCAGAAGCGACACAGAAAUUUGCUUGGGCAAUAAUCCGCUUAUUUAGUGAUGAGUAUCUCCGCCGUCCUAAUGCUCAAGAUGUUGCAAGGCUGCUGGAAAUAGGUGAAAGGAGGGGCUUCCCUGGCAUGCUUGGAAGUUUGGAUUGCAUGCACUGGCAAUGGGACAAAUGCCCUACUGGAUGGCACGGCUUCUAUAGUGGUCAUUGUCAGCACCCCACUGUCAUUCUAGAGGCCGUGGCUUCAUCGGACCUCUGGAUAUGGCAUGCCAAUUUUGGCAUCCUCGGAUCGUGCAAUGACAUCAACGUGUUGCACCGCUCUCACUUGUUUGAUGACCUGGCUCAAGGUAAUGCCCCUCUUGUUAACUUCACCGUCAAUGGAAAUUCAUAUGAUAUGACAUGGGUUACUACCUUGCUGAUGGUAUAUACCCUGAGUGGGCUACUCUUGUGA